UUUAUUACACAUGUCAAAUACCCAUGAGUGCAGGAAAGGUAAUUAAUGAUUAUUAGCAACACUCAAAUGGUUAAUCAAAUGAUUCACAAUUAAACAUUAUGCAAAUUCAGAGGGUAUAAUGUAUUAAUUUAGCUAGGCAAUAAUAUUCACUAGUAAUUACUAGGCUACUGUUAGAUAUACGUAUUUGUACUUGGUUAUAAAGCGUGACAAAAAAAAGUGUUCACAGUGUUUAUAAUGCAAUAUGCAAACACUGUUUCAAUGUUUAAUUUGAAGUUUCUCUGCCAAUAUUUUUAAAUCAAAUUUCUUAUUAGCAUUAUCACUUUACUGUUUUUUACGCUUGCAAGUACAACGCUGCAGAUACACACACAAUCACAAAAAUAUGCAACUGUUUCUUCAACGUAUCGAACCACUUCCUGAGGUCACAUGACCUGAUUGCCGCUGGACCAUUGGAGUGCUUUGAUAUCAGGAAGCAGCCGCAACUUUUAAUUCUACUGCGUUGUUGAAACAGCGGCAUAUUCCAAAUUGAAGUAUACAACAAAGAAAGACCCGUCACAGUAUUGCUGAUACGAACAUGGAUUGUAAAACCUUAGCUAGCCUUCCUUUAAGAUUUUAUUUAAACCACCAAAACCGACUUUUAAAUAAAUAGACUCACAAAUUAAAGCUGGCGUUUCCCAUUAACUACUGUCAAUGAUGAUGCCAUCUAGUGACAGUAGAGGGAAGUACAUUUGAUAACUUUGUGUAUUUGUUCCAACUAAUGUUUUAAUUGUUACACCGAGCCUAUACAGUUGCCCCUAUCUGAUUUAUUAGAUGACUUGGUACGGUUAUGGAACUGGUCAGAUACGUGGAGGUGUAGUUUAUUACACUGCUUCAGGAGCUUCACAGAGACCCAACAUAUCCAAUACAGGCAUAUUUCAUAACAGCACAAUCACACAGCGAAACCUGUCAAAUAUUUCAUGGAAUCACAGGGUAUAUUCUGUUGGGAGCCCUCAAUAUUUUUGAAACAUGGAACUUUAACAAAUGUUUUGAGGAAUGUUUUUUUUUUCUAAAAAAUCAAAGUUCUCAUUUUGAUGAAUUAAAUCGUUUGCAGUUAAUUGAACCUCUUUUCAACUAUUUUAGAGAAGUUUAUUCUCAUUUUAAAGUAUUAUUUGUCCUCAGAUUUAUAUAUAUAUAUAUAUAUAUAUAUAUAUA